GCCUGUUAUAUCCGACAGUUCACCAUCGACGACGAUGAGCUCAACGGUGCAGAGUCAAUUUGUAGAUGCACAGACGACUGCACCUCCAAAGGUAGAAGAAAUUGGCGCUACCAGCGGACCUCUGAAAAGCGCCGCAUUUUUCAUCGGGGCUUAUUGCAAAGAGUACAAUGAGGAUUUCAUGCUAUGCAAAGCAGAGAACAGGGACCCAGCCCAUUGCUUGAAGGAGGGCAGGAGAGUGACGAGAUGUACGGCUGACUUGCUCACGAAAAUGCGAGAGAACUGUGCGAAGCAAUUCGAGACCCACUGGAACUGCCUUGAGCGAAAUAACCAGGAAUACUACAUGUGUCGCAAACCCGAACGAGCUCUGAAUUCUUGCAUGUUUGAGAAGCUGGGCUUGCUCAAGACCAUUCCCGGAACGCCAGAGGGCCAGAAACCGAUACACGAAGUGGAAAAUCCCGUUUACACGGGCGUCCAAAAGUGACGGCAUUUAUACCUACGUAGACGAUGUAUAACAUUAUAUUUCAAACUUCAAACAAUGGCCCACUAGGACGCCAAGCUGCCGACUCCAUGACGUCCUUCUGUGGAGGUAUCUGCAUCAAUAGAUCCUUUCCUUCAACUGCAUAAUGAGAAGCAUUCUUCGCAGCCCUU